AUGAUGAGGUUACCAGGGCCAGGGCCAGCCUCAACCCAGUUCUGGCCCAUGCGCUCGCUCGAUAUGGAGUACUUGGUGGUCAACAAGACGGAGGUCCUCCUGACGAAGGGGCACCUCGAGAGCGGCCUCAUUCGCAACCAGCAGCAGGUGUGCGUGAAGGAGCAGGAGCAGGCCGCUGAGCCAGGCGAGAAGGUCGUCGUGAUGCCGGAUUCGUGGCACAGCACUUACACCAUUUGCAAGUCCAUCCCGAAGUACUACAUCGCGCACUGGCUGGUCGCGAACACAUCCCUUGACCAGGACACGGUGGACAGGAUUGACGCGUUCCACCCGCAGGCGUUGCGUUUGGUUUUCGGCUCCCUGACGGGCCUUCACGAUACGACGUGGUGGCCGCCCCGCUUGCACGUCCGCGUGGUGCUGACCGCGUGGUUACGGUGGCAGUUCGAGCAGCUGAAGGGCGAGCUUCGCGUCCGCGACUUGUUGCGGGCCUUGUCGUCCAACGGGCGCAUCGACUACGAGAAGCUGCUGCCCUACGAGCUCGCGUGGAGCCGUCCUGUCCAGGGCACUCCGGAUGAGUUCGACGGCGUCCCCGAGCAGGACCUUCCCUACCUCAAGACACUGACGCACAAGUACUUCGAGCAUACGGUGACCGUGAAGGGCCAGCGCAUUGACCCAGUGAAUUGGGACAUUUCUGCGCACCUCUCGGACGUGGGUGCCGCGUUCAACAACCUGUCGAACAGUACCAUCAAACCCACCUUUGCGAGUUUCUUCGGGGCGAAGCCGCCCGUGUGA